UGGCUUUGCUGCGCAAAGUGCGCUUCAACUUACACGAAAAAACCCCGAAACGCUGAAGCGGGCGCUAUGAGGUGCAUUGCCGUUGGCUGCCAAACAGGAAGAAAAAGCGGGUUGCGCAUCCAUUCGUUCCCGCGGGAUCCCAAGCGUAGGCUGGAAUGGGCCGUCAACGUGAAUAGAACGGCAGAGAACGGCAAAGUUUGGGUGCCACCCAAAGACUGCUACUACGGUGUCUGCGAGGCACACUUUAAAGAGGAUCAGUAUGAGCCCAGACGCACGGACCGUAAACUGAAGCCAUUUGCUGUGCCCACUCUGUUCAGCCACGGGAAAGUUCCGAAACGACGCCGAAGGCUUGUACGGGGUGGUUCAACAAGCAGCAGUAUCAGUGCUACCACUGCUGUUGACACUGCUGCUGAGGUCACCACAACCACAAGUCUCACAACUGCUGCAACUGUUUCUACUGUCAUGACACCUGCGGUUUCAUUUUCAGUGGCCAAAAGCUUGCCAGCUCAUCUUCAAUCAGCCACCAACCAUGCCAGCUGGGCUGAGCAGGCACAGUACAUGCAAGUCAUUCCGUCAGCCAUGCCCAAAUUGCUGACAUCGCCUGUAAAUACUGGGCCUGCCUUCACUGUGGCCACUUCAGGCGGCAACGUCAACCUUAGUCCUGCAAAUGCACCACACGAGCACCAUUGCAUUACCGGUGAUCCACCUGUUCUUGUGACUGAAAUGAGAGCACCACCUGUUCUGGGGCCUAAUGCCAGGACUCCAAAUACCAACUCAGUGCUGCCUUCAGUUAGUGGCCUUCCCCAUGCUGACCCCUUCAUUCUGGUGCCUGUGAGCAAACCCAACAUGGUUCCGGUGCCCAGCACGGCGACAAGGCCGAGUACUCAGCUGCCAGUCGUGUCGGUUGAAUCGCUUGCACCUAACGCAAAACCUCCCGUCACCAAGGCAGCGGGUAUGACUCCCAUCUUGGCUAGGCCCACAGGAAUGCUACACGAAAAGGUCACAGAUUUGUGGCAAGAAACUGUUGAAAUGCGGCGCAAAAUCACCGAGUUGUCUCACCAGGCAGUGCAUCUCAAGGCAUCACUGGCACGCCAGACGGAGCUGCUCAGCCGCUUCCUCCGACUGGACCAAAUUGAGUACCUGCAGAACAAGCCCACACAGUGGACUGAGCCCACGCUGCGCCAGGCACUCGACAUCUACUGUUGCUCACCGGAGGCAUACCGCAAGUUGCUGGUGGCCCACUUUCCAUUUCCGAUGGAGACAGCUCUGAGGACAUUCUGCAUUGAGAAUGGGGUGCGCGAAGGUGUGCCCACUGAGUUGAUGCAAAUGGACAUGUGUCCUGAAGUGGAUGGAGAGGAGGGAAAUGAAAAUGUGAACAUUGUGUGGCUGUGAAUUAGCCAUAGACAGUCAUGACUGGCUAGCUGCUGCCCAGGGAGAUGAAUUCUCUAAUCCCAGUUCACCAUGAAGGGUUAUAUCCACAAAAAUUAAAGGUGGCAUGAAAUAUGUUCCUGUGCAUAGUUGCAUUUCAUAUUUUUAAGGCAGGAGGAUGAAGAUAGGGUUAUCUUAUUGGAUUGAAUAUACGAAGGCCCAUUCUACAGCAUAGUUAUAAAUGGUUACAGCAUGCAACUUGAAGAACAUGAGGUUUCGUAAUUCAACAGGACCACGAGAAGCAAAACCAACGGGUCGGAUGCUUCAUCUUCUCGUGGCUGAUUAGAUGCCUAUCCUGUCCGCUUGCGGACCUGUUUUGUGUACUUUCUGCUCCUACCAUGCUUUACCGUAAUAGUGCUUUUAAACCCUACAGGAUAGCUUUAACAGUAUUGCAAGUCUGAAACACAGCAAUGUGCCACAGCAAUGUGGGCUGAUAGCAGAGACAGUGUAUAUCGUGUAUACCCAAAGCAAGGAAAGUCACAGAAUGACCAUUGCAGAUAUUUAAUAAACGUGACUUCAGCAAAAAUUGGAGGACGCUUAAGCUUCACCUUUAAGAGUGGAACGCGAUAGCUUUCCUCUCUUAAACUCGCCACUCUCAUAUUGGACUAAACGCUGAAGAAAUGACACAUUCGCCGCCAACAUCACCACUAAGUAUCGUCAAUCAAAGCAAACAGCAUACAAAGCUUCAAUUAAAUCGAUUCCCACA